AUGCAUAUCACUCGUUGGUCGCCGGCAUUUGUAAGUCCACCCACUAAAUUCUUUUUAUAUACCUCUCUCUCUCUCUCUCUCUCUCUCUCUCUCUCUCUCUCUCUCUCAAAUGCACGCACAUACACAGAGAAAGAGAGAGAAACGUCUCUCUCUCUCUCUCCUUCUCUCUCUCUCUCUCUCCCCCUCUCGAUGAAAACUGUACAUUGGUUCUUCUUUACUUUUCUUCUUAACUGGUACUCUCUCUCUCUCUCUCACUCACUCUCUCUCUCUCUAUCUCUUUCUCUCUUUUUCUCUCUUUCUCUAUUUCUCUCUCACACUCUCUCUCACUCACUCUCUCUUUCUGUUUCUUUCUCUUUCUCUCUCUCUCUAUCUCUUUCUCUCUCUCUCUAUCUCUUUCUCUCUCUCACUCUCUCUAUUUCUUUCUCUUUCUCUCUCUCUAUAUAUAUAUCUUUCUCUCUUUUUCUCUCUUUUCUCUCUCUAUUUCUCUCUCACACUCUUUCCCACUCACUCUCUCUCACUCACUGUUUCUUUCUCUUUCUUUCUUUCUCUCUCUCUCUAUCUCUUUUUCUCUCUCUCUCUAACUCUCUCUCUCUCUAUUUCUUUCUCUUUCUCUCUUUUUCUCUCUCUUUUUCUCUCUCUUUCUCUCUCUAUUUCUCUCUCUUUCUCUCUUUAUCUCUUUAUCUUUUUCUAUCUUUCUAUUACUUUCUCUUUCAUUCUCUCUUUUUCCCUCUUUCUUUCCUUCUCUCUCUUCUUCUCUCUCUUUCUCUCUCUCCCUAG